GUGAAUCCAGGAAGUGUUUGGGGGUUACACAAGGCGGAAGUGAGAGGAUGAUUUUGCUAAGCCUGAAAGUAUUCGUGGAGGAAAAAACUCGGAGGGAGGAAUAACAGCACUUUUAUAAGUUGUACGUUAAGGUGCCUUGCGAAUUGUUUUGUGUGUCGCUGUUGGUAAGAACAACAAGAAAUUGUCUUUUUUGUCUCUAGUUUAUUUUUGUGGCAGCGACAGAGCUAAACGUCACGCCAACUGCUUCGGUUGUUUUGCAUUCAAGCUCGGCCUCGAUACGGACGACAGCAGAUUGGGUCAGUCCACCUCUACUCGCCCCGUUUGAGUCUUGGCACAAGAAGUUAGACCUCUGACCUCGCUCACCAUCAGUGCCUGUGCAUUUGGAGUUGGCUCCACUGUCUGGUCCAAAACUCCCGUCUACACCUCACCACUUUCAACCCAGCCCAGGCCCUCUCUUCCGGAGCAGUCCCUAUCUCUGUCGAUGGCUGGGCGUGGUGGAGGAGCAGCCAGGCCAAAUGGCCCCGCGGUAGUCAACAAAAUCUGCCAGUUCAAACUGGUGCUGCUGGGCGAGUCGGCGGUGGGCAAGUCCAGCCUCGUGCUGCGCUUUGUCAAAGGCCAGUUCCAUGAAUACCAGGAGAGCACUAUCGGAGCUGCCUUCCUCACCCAGACUGUCUGCCUGGAUGACACCACAGUCAAGUUUGAGAUCUGGGACACAGCGGGCCAAGAGCGCUACCACAGCCUGGCUCCCAUGUACUACAGAGGGGCCCAGGCCGCCAUCGUGGUCUACGACAUCACCAACGCAGAUACUUUCAUACGAGCAAAAAACUGGGUGAAGGAGCUGCAGAGGCAAGCCAGUCCCAACAUCGUGAUCGCUUUGGCGGGCAACAAGGCUGACGUCGCCAACAAGAGAGCUGUGGAGCUUCAGGAGGCACAGGCAUAUGCAGAUGACAACAGUCUGCUCUUCAUGGAGACCUCAGCUAAAACUGCCAUGAAUGUCAAUGAAAUUUUCAUGGCCAUUGCCAAGAAGCUACCCAAAAACGAACCUCAGGGCGGAGCUGGACCAGGGGGACGGACCAGGACAGGAGUGGACCUACAAGAAGCCGCCCCCCAGGGCCGCAGCAGCCAGUGCUGUGGCAGCAGCAACUAGCAAGCGCAAAACCAUGAACUUAGUGAGCAAGCCCUGAACAUCUUUUUAAGGACAGCAGCUGACUACAAAUCCAGACAGGACUUCCACUCUGCACUUAAACUGAGAUUACAGAUGAGAUUAUCUGGAUCCCCUGUGAUUAAAGGAACAUUUUUUAAAGAAUCAUAAGCUAGAGGGAAUUCCAGUGUCCCUCGCUCCUCUCCUGUCCUUUCCCCCUGUAUCUAUCUACCUCCCUCUCCAUCUUUGACUUCCCUCUCUCUGUUGAUUGAAUUCUGUCUUAAAUUACCUUUUUGAAGGAUGAUGGUUGUCAUUUUGCCCUCCGUAAGUGCAUGUGUGUCUGUGUGUGUGUGUGUGUGUGUGUGUGUGUGUGUGUGUGUGUGUGUGUGUGUGUGUGUGUGUGUGUGUGUGUGUGUGUGUGUGUGUGUGUGUGUGUGUGUGUGUGUGUGUACUGUAUAUGUGUGUGAGUGGCGAAAUCUGGAAAUAUAUGUGAAAUUUGGCGGUUGUUUUCUUUUCUGUUCCGAUUGUGUCCUCUUGAAAGAUACACCCAACCAUCUUGACACUGACAAAGCCACUGAUCUGAAAGACGGUGUCCCGGUGCUUUUCAGAUCUCUGCAUUUUGUCACGCUUUUUAGGGACCUGGACCUGAUCAGGAGUUAGAACCGGCUUAUGACUGCUGUACUCUUGUAGCAGGUCAUGAUUUGAUCGAGUACACACCUUAAGGUGUCUGUGGCCUGUGCAACACGUCAUCCAAUGUGCAUUAACACCUGUAAUAUCAGAGAUGUUAGCAGUUUUUUUUCAAAAUUGUAAAAUAAAUGUGAAAAUAAAUCGUAAGACCAAAAAGUAA